UUGGACCCGAACAAAACAUUGCAUCAAAAAUAGUCUGCUCAAUAUAUAGCGCAAUCAGAUACGGCCGACUUUUCAUAUCCUGUUUAACAUCACCACCGCUUUUGUAAAUGCCACAAGCUGCUCUCGCCAGACACACAGACACGUGGCGCACCACAGUUGUUGAUUCUUUACCACAGCCGCGUGCCACUCUGCUGAUACCCGAUGGCGGUGUGCUGGCGACCCGCGUACAUUACGAGACACUGAACGACGCCAUGUUCCUCCUGCGCGUGACUCUGCUGUCCACAGUGCUCUGCCUUGUGUCGGUCAUCAUGCUCUCGCUGGCAACGGCCAACGUCGACAUCAAGCUGGGGAUCAUGGCAAUCACCUCAUACCCAAAGCUGAUAUUCUCGUCUCUGUCCAUUCAGGUGGCCUGGUUCAUGGCGUACUGUGCAUUCUCCCACAUAAUCCGCCUGCACUUCAACACCACCGAUCCACCCCGAGACUGGGACGACAGGAACGGCGCAUGGUCGGUGGUUGAGCUCGACGUCAGAGUCAGCUCCAAGCCAGGAAUGCCGCGCUCUAUUAUGCACCCGCCCAGCGCAGCAUCGUUGGCACAUCACAGGCACCUGGCGGCCCACGGCACUAGCAGUCAUUCGCACGUACCCCUGCACGCUCCUGAAGUUGCCGACCUCGAGGACGGCGUAAGCUCCGUGCUGCCCAUCGGACUCUCGUCAUGCAGUGAGGCCAGCACGACACUGCCUCUGUCAAAGUCUGCGUCUGAUCAAUGGAAACUGUGCGUGCAGCCAACACAGCAUACCGGUGCUGCGGGCAUACAGGCUGACAUUACGCUUCUAACCCCCGACCAGGACUAUUUAGCCUGGAGAGCUAGGCACAAACGCAAGAAUUACUAAAUGUAAAAAUGAAAAUCAAUUUAAAGAAUAUACAAGUCAUCAUCACCCCCUCGCUGAUUACUCAGACAACUUGUCGAGAAUGGAUUUAAACCUAUUGAGGAUAAGUGAGGCG